AUGGAAAUCCUAACUAAUCGCUUGAUUGGUCUUCUUGGCAUCCUGCUACUGCUCGUCUUUGUGGCAUUGGGUUUAAUGGUGUUCAUGGGAGCUGCCGGGAUGAAACACCUUCUCCUUCUCCUUUUUGUUUUCUUUUGUCUCACUCAAUGUGAGAAUAGACCACUCCCGGAAUACCAUCUUGGCGACUUCGGAAACGCUCUCUUCGCUUGGGAACAAGGUUUCAUUCAAGAAAUUCAGAGAUUGAGACCAGUCGACCCUGAACAAGAAAGUACUACAAACUCAGUUGACCAGAACUUCACGUUUGAGGAAUUCAAUCAGUACAUGCAGAAGCUUCGUGUCUUUGCCUUGAUUGUCGCCCUUGUCUUCAUGUUUCUCAUUUUUAUUCAUGUUAUCUACAGCGACAUGGUGGCAAGAGGAUGGGUUCUUUAG